AUCCCAAAGUUGUUGGGUUCUUUGGAGACUCUGGUUCAUCUCGAUCUCAGCUACUCGUGCUUCACUGGUGUCAUACCUCAUGAGCUGGGUAAUCUCACCAGGUUGCGUUACCUCAACCUAGCAACUUAUGGGAGUAGUUACAAGGAUGAACAACAUCCCUGAGUCUCUCCCACAUCUCAACUUCACCUCCCUUACCUUCAUGGAUAUCGGGUUCAAUAUGUUCGACUACACUAGCAUCCCCGAAUGGCUCUUCAGAAUACCCAACCUACGUCAUCUCAGCAUGACAAACUGUGGGUUGACUGGUACCAUCCCUUCCUCUGUUGGAAAUGCAACCUCUCUUCAAUUUCUGGCCUUGUCUGGCAAUGAAGGAAUUUCUGGUGAUAUGCCGAGAGGAUUUGGCAACUUCUGCAAUCUUUUGUCGCUCCACUUGGGUGGUACUUUUGUGGGGAAGAGCUUGGAGGAGGAUUUCAGAGAUGCAUUCUCUGGAUGUAUUAGGCGAAAUUUGAAUGUGCUUUCAUUUGGAGGUAGCUCGCUAAAAGGUCCUUUGCCAGAUUGGUUGGGUGAAUUCAGAAAUCUCACCUCUCUCUCUCUUUCUGGUAAUUCCUUCAGCAGCUCCAUUCCAACAUCUAUAGGGAGAUUGUCACGGCUACAACAUUUGGACCUUGAUGAUAAUGUACUAAAUGGCUCGAUCCCUGAAUCCCUGGGAAGACUCUCAGGAUUGCAAUUUUUGGCUCUUGGCUUCAAUGCAUUAGAUGGCUCAAUCCCUGAAUCUUUGGGAAGACUCUCAGAAUUGCAAUAUUUGGAUCUUAGCAAUAAUGCUUUAACUAGCUCCAUUCCUGAAUCCUUGGGAAGACUCUUAAGAUUGCAAUAUUUAUAUCUUGUGAAGAAUGCACUAAAUGGGCCCAUCCCGGAGAGUCUCUUUCAACUAUCAAACCUAGAAGAUUUGGAUCUUAGUGACAACAACUUUAACUACUCAUCUGUUAUCACUGGAGCUCAUUUGGCCAACCUCACCAAUCUCAAGUACUUGUCAUUUAAUCAGUUGGUUCUUAAUAUAAGCACCGACUGGAUUCCAGGGUUUCAAGCUCUUCAGAUAAACUUGUCUUAUUGUCACUGUGGACCAAAAUUUCCGGUUUGGCUCAAUAACCAAGUAAAUCUUAAUUAUUUGGACAUAUCUAAUACUGGAAUCAAGGACUCAAUUCCUGAUUGGUUCUGGAACAUCACUGGAACUAUGACUAUCUUAGAUCUAAGCAACAAUGAGAUCAACGGAAGGCUGCCUCAACGCUUGAAAUUCCAAACCGAUGGAUAUAAUAAUGUUGGGAUAUUCCUCAGGUCUAAUCACUUUGAGGGAUCUGUUCCUUAUUUUUCUCCUAAUGUCGGUGCAUUAGACUUAUCCAAUAACUUAAUUUCAGGAAUCAUUCCCUCCAAUCUUGGAAACUUUGAUGGAAGAACACCUCAUCUCAGUUCCCUCUCUUUAUCUUCAAACAACUUAACUGGUAUUAUUCCUGACUCUCUUUGUAAUUUGGUGGGUCUUUGGUUAUUGGAACUCUCCAACAAUCACUUGGAAGGGGCUAUCCCGAAUUGCUGGAACAAUUUGACGGGCUUACAAUACUUCAUCUUGGCAAACAAUUCACUAGUAGGUGAGGUCCCUGGUUCUCUUAUAAAUUCAUCCCAAUCUUUAGAAGUGUUGCAUUUAAGUAACAACCAACUGCAUGGGGAGUUUCCAUCAUUCUUGAAAAAGUGCACUUCCAUGACCACUCUUGCUCUUGACCACAAUAACUUAUCAGGCGAGAUUCCAAGUUGGGUGGGAAAAACCAUGACUUCAUUGAUGAUCCUAACCUUGAAAGAAAAUAAUUUCAUAGGUAAUUUGCCUUUUUUAUCUAAUCUCACAUCACUUCAUUUCCUGGAUAUUUCCCACAACUCAUUUGUAGGGUUCAUACCGCAAUCGUAUGGUAGCCUCAUGGGCAUGAUAAAUGUUAGUAUGAAUGGUGGAGCAAAUUUUCCUUCUAAUACACGGGAAGGGCUUAUAAUUAAGAUCCUUGUUUAUACAAAAGGAACAGAACUUCAAUUUGGAGUCACUCUUUCAUCUAUCAAAUUCAUAGACCUCUCUGCAAAUAAUCUAUCAGGCCAAAUCCCAAAAGAAAUAGUAAAUCUAGUUGGAUUGCAAAACUUGGAUUUAUCAUGUAACAAUCUGUCAGGUGAGAUCCCCAUAGAUAUUGGUCGAAUGCAAUCAUUGGAAUCUCUCGAUCUCUCAAGAAAUGAGCUCAUUGGGUCAAUUCCUCCAAGCCUCUCUACAUUACAUUUUCUAGGAAGCUUGAAUCUUUCAUACAACAACUUGUCUGGAAAAAUCCCAUAUGCUAGCCAAUUGACCACUUUCAAUGAUCCAUCCAUUUAUGCUGGUAAUCUUAAUCUAUGUGGAGCUCCUCUAAGUAAAAAUUGCACAAGUGAAGAAUCACGAUCAAAUAGCCAUGUUGAUGAUCAAGAAGACGAUGAUGAUAAUGAUAAUCCAACUAUUUGGUUUGGCAUUGGCUUGAUGUCUGGGUUUGUGGUUGGAUUUUUGAUAGUGUUGAUAACACUGCUGUUCAAAAACGAAUGGAGGUAUGCAUAUUUCAGGUUUAUGGACCACAUGUAUGACAUGAUGUAUGUAAAGAUAGUAAUCACCAUAAACAAGAUCAAGCGAGCUUUGUUUGUGAUGAGCUGAUCAAUGUAAUUAGUAAAAGCUCUCUAUCACCAUAUUACCGUUGUAUCACUAGCUUUAAAUAAUGGCACCGAAGCUACUCUUCAUGAAUGUAUGAGCAAUUCUCUGUUUAUUUUCAUUG